GAUUUGUAGAGCUCUGUAGGGCUGUUUUUCUGGUUGCCUGGAUACAGGCUCUGGCCCUUAGGGCUUCUGGGUCGUUGGAAGCCUCUGUAGCUGUUCCGCGGGACUCUACGUGCAGAAACUGUGCUGGGGGUGGGUGGCGGAGGCAUCGAGCCAAAGGAGGAACGCUCUGCUUCCCUCAAUUCACUAAAGCCUGGAUCUGGGAGAGAGCAGUGGCUAAAGUGAAUAAGAGAUGGCCAGUAAUCACAAACCCCCUUCUGCUCGCCCUAUUUCACGAGGAGGAAUUGGAUUGACAGGAAGACCUCCUUCAGGAAUAAGGCCUCCAUCAGCAGGUGUUCGAGUGGCAACUGGAAUGCCACCUGGUACUUCAAGACCUGCUUCUAGAAGUGGUACCAUGGGACCUGGAGGAGUACUGUCUUCUCAAAUCAAAGUUGCAGAUCGUCCAGUAACACAGCAAGGUUUAAGUGGAAUGAAAACUGGAAUGAAAGGUCCCCAGAGGCAGAUUUUGGAUAAAUCUUACUAUCUUGGACUACUUAGAAGCAAAAUAAGCGAACUCACAACUGAAAUUAAUAAGCUCCAAAAGGAAAUAGAAAUGUAUAACCAAGAGAAUUCAGUGUAUUUGUCAUAUGAAAAGAGGGCAGAAACUUUAGCUGUUGAAAUCAAAGAAUUUCAAGGACAACUUGCAGACUACAAUAUGUUAGUGGAUAAACUCAACACCAAUACAGAAAUGGAAGAAGUAAUGAAUGAUUACAACAUGCUAAAAGCUCAAAAUGAUCGAGAAACCCAAAGUAUGGACAUAAUAUUUACAGAAAGACAAGCGAAAGAAAAACAAAUUAGGCGGGUAGAAGAGGAAAUUGAACAAGAAAAACAAGCAGCAGAUGGCAUUAUUAAAAAUAUGUCUCCUGAAAAACAAGUCAAGUAUAUAGAGAUGAAAACUACAAAUGAAAAAUUAUUGCAGGAAUUAGAUACACUUCAGCAGGAAUUAGACUCAUUGAAUAUGAAGAAAGAAAGUCUGGAAACUGAAAUAGCGCAUUCCCAGGUAAAACAGGAGGCUGUACUUCUUUAUGAAAAACUUUAUGAAUUGGAGUCCCAUCGAGAUCAAAUGAUUGCAGAAGACAAAAGCAUGGGAUCCCCAAUGGAAGAGAGAGAGAGAUUACUUAAGCAAGUUAAAGAAGAUAAUCAAGAAAUCGCAGGCAUGGAGAGACAGUUAACCGACAUAAAAGAAAAAAUUAACCAGUUUAACGAAGAAAUUCGGCAGCUUGAUAUGGAUUUAGAGGAGCAUCAAGGUGAAAUGAAUCAAAAAUACAAAGAGCUGAAGAAGAGAGAGGAAAACAUGGAUAACUUUAUUGAGACAUUCGAAGAAAUGAAGAAUCAAGAAUUAGAACGGAAGUCACAGAUAGAAUCCAACAUUGUUGCACUAUUGGAACACUGUAGCAGAAAUAUAAAUCAUAUGAAACAAAUAUCUUCUAUCACUAAUCAAGAACUGAAGAUGAUGCAAGAAGACCUCAAUUUCAAAUCCACUGAAAUGCAGAAAUCACAAAGUACUGCCAGAAAUUUAACUUCAGAUAGUCAACGUCUACAGUUGGAUUUACAGAAAAUGGAACUCCUAGAGAGUAAAAUGACAGAGGAACAAAGUUCUCUAAAAUCUAAAAUUCAGCAAAUGACAAAAGAUCUGGAGACAUACAGUGAUUUACCAGCUUUGAAAUCAUCAGGUGAAGAAAAGAAAAAGAAACUCCAGAAAGCAAGAACAGCAUUAUCAAAACGCAGAAACACAUAUAAGAAAGUAAUGGAGAAGCUAAAUUCUGAGUAUGAGACUUUAAAGACUCAAUUACAAGAGAAUGAGACGCAUUCUCAGCUUACAAAUUUGGAGAGGAAAUGGCAGCACCAUGAGCAAAAUAACUUUGUGAUGAAAGAAUUCAUUGCAACCAAGAGUCAGGAGAGUGAUUAUCGACCAGUUAUGAAGAAUGUGACUAAACAAAUUGCCGAAUACAAUAAAACCAUCGUGGACUCUCUUCACAACACCUCUCGAAACUGAAUUCAGACUUUACUUCAAGGCGUCCAUCAAGUACAUUAAAUCUUGUACUUCUGAGCUUUGAAUAAAUUCACUCGUAGAAAAACAUUAAAAACAAGAAAAUAUAGCCUACAAACUAUUGUUGAUGAGUGCUUUAUUGAUAUGAAUCCUUAAAAAUAUCACCCUAUUUUUGAGAGCAACAGUCCAAAAGAGGACUUUUAAAAAUAUAUGGAUUAGGUUUUCCUGAAAAGGAAAAUGUUUGCUUUGUCAUGACCUAUUUUAUAUUCAAAUAUGCUUCUAACAUAACAAAUAGUUGUGAUUUUAAAAUUACCCUCUCCUUUUUGUCAGCUAUUUUAAUUAAUAUCAGGAAUAUGUUUUUCAUCUAGGUUUUCCAUAAGAAGUGAAAAUUUUUAUUAUUAAUCACAUUAAAUAUGUCAAUAGAAGCAAUAUUUUUAUAGCUUUGUUUUUUAAAAAAAGAUGAAAAUUAAUCUUUGCAAAUAAAGAGAAUUAAGAUUUA